UUAAAUUGGAGAUUUGGGAAGGAGUUCAUGGGACAAACCCACGAAAACGCGUUUUAGUACGCGAAACGAAGGCAGACGGGAGAGUCGGGCUGCGUUUGGUUUAAGACGCAUCUGAACCCGACCCUUUUACCUUUGCCAUCCCGGGGACAGGGGGGCUGGUUUGCAGAGGUUGUAUGCAUAAACAGAGGCGGACGCAAGCCACUGUCUGCCAGGCUUUUCUCACGAAAAACGACACGUAGGACCACGGGCGUCUUGUGAUUUUUACACGCAUUUUUAAAAUGCACACUUCAAUGGCUGCUCGGCGCGACUUGGCGUUGUGCCAGAUUCUCCAUUUUGUUCUUUUUUUUUUUGUCUUUGCAUGCGAUUUAAACUCGGCAGGGACAGAUUGUUGAAGCAGUCCAUGCAUCCCACCAAUCGCAUAACGCUUGUAUGGUGGCUAUGAAAGCUUAAAACACCAAUGACAGAGGCCGUAAUAACGCAGUGUAGGAGCGAGUGUGGCUGUAUUGACCCCUCCCAAUUUUCGAAAAUAUGUAUUUUGCUGCUCCCGUGCAGAAGAAUUCGUUUUGACGAAUAAUUUAUCAGAUUCUAUUGCAUGUCACUUGUGCUGCAAUUGAAACCGCAUUUUGUUUUUCAGAAGAGAGACUCGAGCAGUUAUUAAGUGAAUCGGUGGAGUAAUCUGACAGGGCAAAGUUGUACGCCAAGUUUGAAUUAUGAUUCUGAUCCCCGUUAGCGAAAUCGUUAGGUUUGAUGUGUACAGCUAAAAAAAAAAUGCUCUUGAAUUAGAAACAACACAAUUGUGUGUGAUGAAGUAAAAUCAUCCCUCUUUUGGGAAACAAAAGAAAUCGACCCGUUUGACUGCCGAUGCUCUUUUCUAUUACAUGUACUAUGUCCAGUCUGUUACAAAUGAGUGUGCAUUAAAGAGAACGAGAAAACAAUUUACAGUAAUUUAUUGUCACGCAUCUCGGUUUCGCUAAUGAUCUUGCAUCGCCAUGGCAACCAAUAUGGAGGUGCUAGCUCAGCAGAUAGUGGACACAGAGCAGGUGGCUGAGGUCCAGACUGUGCAGACCUCCACUCCAGACUCCUCAGUGAUGAGCAGCUCCCCUCAGAGAAUUCAGAUCAUUUCAGCUGACUCUGCAGUCACCUCUCCACAGCGGAUACAGAUUGUAACUGACCAGCAAACAGGCCAGAAGAUACAGAUCGUCACAGCAGUGGAUCCGUCAAGCACUUCCAAACAGCAGUUUAUAUUGGCCACUCCAGAUGGAGCUGGUGCGGGAAAGGUGAUCCUGGCCUCCCCAGAGACCUCAAACACAAAACAGCUCAUUUUCACUACCACCGAUAACAUUGUGCCAGGUAGAAUACAGAUUGUGACCGAUGCGGCUUCAGUGGAGCGUUUGCUGGGGAAAGCAGAUGUGGGCCGGUCACAGCCUGUGGAGUACUGCGUCGUCUGUGGAGACAAGGCGUCAGGUCGCCAUUACGGUGCAGUGAGCUGUGAGGGGUGCAAGGGCUUCUUUAAGAGAAGCGUGAGGAAGAACCUAACCUACAGUUGCCGUAGCAACCAAGACUGCAUUGUCAAUAAGCACCACCGCAACCGCUGCCAGUUCUGUAGGCUGAAAAAGUGCUUAGAAAUGGGCAUGAAAAUGGAAUCUGUGCAAAGUGAGAGAAAGCCAAUAGACUUGCCAAGAGAAAAGCCAGCUAACUGUGCAGCCUCAACGGAGAAAAUCUACAUAAGGAAGGACCUGCGGAGUCCCCUCAUUGCAACCCCUACAUUCAUCACGGAGAAAGAUGGUUCAAGGUCCAGCCUCUUGGAUCCUGGUAUGUUGGUGAACAUUCAACAGCCAUUAAUACAAGCAGAUGGAACAUUGCUUUUAGCUACAGACUCAAAGGCUGAAUCGAGUCAAGGGGAUUUGGGUACUUUAGCAAAUGUGGUCACUUCACUUGCCAACCUUAACGAAUCGCUUAACAAUGGAGAUGCCUCAGAAAUGCAGCAGGAGGACCAAUCUGCCAGUGAGAUAACACGUGCCUUUGACACUUUGGCAAAAGCACUGAAUCCCACAGACACCACUGCGGUGCAGAACCUCACAGAGGGGACUGACACAGGAGGGGGCGCCAGCAUCCAGGUGAUCAGCAGAGACCAGUCCACUCCCAUCAUUGAAGUGGAAGGACCUCUCCUCACUGACACUCAUGUUAGUUUUAAGCUGACAAUGCCAAGUCCCAUGCCAGAAUAUCUGAAUGUACAUUAUAUCUGUGAAUCUGCCUCGCGAUUGCUGUUUCUUUCCAUGCACUGGGCCAGGUCCAUUCCUGCAUUCCAAGCCCUGGGCCAGGAUUGCAAUACCAGUCUUGUCCGUGCCUGCUGGAAUGAACUGUUUACACUAGGCUUGGCACAGUGUGCACAGGUUAUGAGUCUUUCUACAAUCCUUGCAGCUAUUGUCAACCACCUACAAAAUAGCAUUCAAGAUGAUAAGUUGUCAGGGGAUAGGAUAAAACUGGUGAUGGAGCAUAUCUGGAAGCUACAAGAGUUUUGUAACAGCAUGGCUAAAUUGGAAAUAGAUGGAUAUGAGUAUGCAUAUCUUAAGGCUAUUGUAUUGUUCAGUCCUGAUCACCCAGGUCUAAGCAGUACAAGCCAGAUUGAAAAAUUUCAAGAAAAGGCACAGAUGGAGUUACAGGAUUAUGUGCAGAAGACAUAUCCAGAUGACACAUACAGAUUAGCACGUAUACUGAUGCGCCUCCCAGCACUUCGGCUCAUGAGCUCUGGCAUAACAGAAGAGUUGUUCUUCACCGGUCUCAUAGGAAAUGUUCCUAUUGACAGUAUAAUCCCCUACAUUCUGAAAAUGGAAACUGCAGAAUACAACAGCCAGAUCACAGGGACAUCUGCAUAAUCUGUAACUUUUAACAAUUAGCCACUGUUUAAAGAUGGCAUUUCUAUUUAUUUUUUAAAAUGUCUUCGGUUCUUUUUGCUUGAGGCAAAGGAGAAAAAUAUGUAUCAGGGCUAGAAUCAACAAGUCAUUUUUUCGACAUGUACACUCUUACAGUGUCCAAACUAUUGUAAAGUGGAAACAUGUUUUCCUGUUGUGAAUACUAUGUUAUAAAGUAUGUUAUAAAAUAAGAUAAAAUAAUGGAGAUAGAAGAUUCUUUCUGCACCUUUACUUAAAAUUCCAUGGAUGGACCAGAUUUUGAGUUUAUACUUUGUAUCAAAAAAGGAAUUAAUCUCAUCAAGUGAUGCUAUUGCCUUUUUGUUCAUUUUUUAUUAAUUCUAUAGCGACUAUUGGCAGCAACAAAAUUAAUAAUGAAACUUCAGUUUGUUAAGCCUUUUUAAAAGUUUUUCUUAACUUUUUUUAUAAAUAAUACUAACAGUCCACAUUUUAAUUCUGCUAACAAUAGCAACAAAAUGCAAACACAUAUAGCAGCCAUAGAGUAGAUAAACAUUUCAAUGCCAUUUACCAAACUCAAUGAAAAGUGACAAAAUGACAAGAUGUAAAUGUUUUAGUAUUGAACUUUGUAAACAGAGAUCCAAAUAAGGAUUGUUUACUCUAAAAUAAGGAUUGUUUACUCUAAAAUAAUAAAAAAAGGAAUAUUGAACUAUAUUCAAUAUACUGUAUAGGAAUAUUCUAAUCAUUUAAGCCCUUUUGUGUGAUUUUAUUGCUGUUUUCCGUUAGGUUAAUCAUAUGCAGCAACUAGCAGCAACGGCCUAUGCAGCAACUAGCAGGCUGACUAGUGUUGGAAAUUAUGUGUGGAGUAGAUUUGUGUUGAAAUUCACCUCAGCCUUGGUAUACAAUAGAGUGAGUUCUUGUUUAAAGUAAGAAUGUUAAAAUUGACAACAGCCUUGAAAUGAAUCUGUUCUUGUUCAUUAUGAGAUUGUCUAGUGAUCUUUGUAAUUUUACUAACAGCCAUUCAUUUUCUAACUGUUUUGUCCAAUACAGGGUCAUUUAUUUCAUGUUUUUAACAGAUAACAUCAACAGCUUUCUCUGGAAGUAACCACAGAAAUAUACGUGGAGUUCCAUUUAAAUACUGAAAAAAAACAUUGCAUUUCUAUAGGUAAUUAUCAAAAAAGGUGAAUAACUUAGUUGAUGUAUACUUCAUUAUAAGGCUCAACAAAGACACAUAAGUAGUGUGUUUCUAUGAAUAUAUUCACCUAUAAGUACACAUUUAAGAAUAAAUGUAGACAAUUACAUAAUUGGAUGUGGAAUUUUUAAUUGCCAACUGUACGUUUGUUCCAUAUACGUUUUGAUUCACAUGUCCAUCAAAUGAUCACCUUAUUUCCCAGAUGGGAAAUGUAAGUAUCCUAAUUUUAUACAAUGGCCUUUUUGUUUGCAUGACAUGUUCACAGCUAACUUUUCAUUUGCUGCCAUGACAAUCAAAUGCUGUAUGAGAUGCUCGCUAUUUUGUGAAAGAUUUGCAGUUUCUCGUUUGUUAUUUUUGUUUCAUUUUUAGACAGUUAAAGGCUAGUUUCUUCACAGAAGAAACAAUAUAAAAGUAAAGGAUUUGCACACUAGUAAGCCUUUCUACAACAGCUAGGUGCAGUGUUUCAAGGCUCUAUAAGAGUGACAAACACUGUGGGUCUUAUGUGAAGACAUGCUUUUUUUUAUAAUCCUAUAUUCCUAUAUAUUGCAAACAAGAUCUCAAAGAUAGUCUCUAAAUUAUAGUGUUGUAUGUUGGUAUUUGUCAGCUUUCUGAUGUUUUUUUUUGCAUAGCAAAUGAUUUCAUAUUAACAAUUAGUAGCUGUUAUCUUCAAAAUUGUUAUUGGUUGCAAAUCUGAUGUUAAAGAUGCACGCUGUAUAUGAGGAAAUGGUAAC